AUGACUCUUAGAUCAGCACUUGCUCCUGUCUCUUUCUGCCUCUCCCUGGGACUGUGUGAACAACCAUGGUUAUCUCACCGUAAAUUUCAUGCGCCUCGUCAUGGGCACACGGGCUUCCUGCCCCGUAAGCGGAGUAAAAAACACAGGGGCAGAGUACGCAGCUGGCCUAAAGAUGACCCGAGUAAACCAGUCCACCUGACUGCCUUUCUCGGCUAUAAGGCUGGUAUGACACACACUCUGAGAGAGGUACACCGCACGGGAAUGAAGAUAUCCAAGAGAGAGGAGGUAGAGGCAGUCACAAUCAUUGAGACUCCACCUGUGGUAGUGGUGGGAGUUGUGGGAUACAUUGAGACCAUCAAGGGUCUGCGGGCCUUCAAGACCAUCUUUGCUGAGCAUAUCAGUGAUGAGUGCAGACGGAGAUUCUACAAAAACUGGUAUAAGAGCAAGAAGAAGGCCUUUACCAAAUACAGCAAGAAAUGGCAAGAUGAAACUGGCAAGAAACAGCUGGAGAAAGACUUUGCCCUUAUGAAAAAGUACUGCUCAGUCAUUCGAGUCAUUGUCCACUCUCAGAUGCGUCUCUUGUCACUGAGACAAAAGAAGGCUCACAUUAUGGAGGUCCAGCUGAACGGGGGUUCUCUGGCAGAGAAGGUGGACUGGGUCAGAGAGAGGCUGGAGCAGCCCGUACCUGUGUCUGCUGUCUUCGCCCAGAAUGAGAUGAUUGAUGUCAUAGGGGUCACCAAAGGUCAUGGUGUCAAGGGGGUGACAAGCCGCUGGCACACAAAGAAGCUGCCCAGAAAAACACACAAGGGCCUGCGUAAAGUGGCCUGUAUCGGAGCUUGGCAUCCGUCCCGUGUGGGUUACACUGUCGCCCGUGCUGGUCAGAAAGGCUACCACCACCGCACUGAACUAAACAAGAAGAUCUAUCGUAUUGGAAAAGGAAUUCAUGUCCAAGAUGGUAAAGUGAUCAAAAAUAAUGCCUCCACCAACUAUGACACCACUCAGAAAACCGUCACCCCAAUGGGUGGAUUCCCUCGUUAUGGGAAUGUGAACAAUGACUUUGUGAUGGUGAAGGGCUGUGUGGUGGGUGCAAAGAAAAGAGUUCUUACCCUUAGAAAGUCUCUGCUGGUGCACACAUCACGUAAGGCACAGGAGAACAUUGAGCUGAAGUUCAUUGACACCACCUCCAAGUUUGGUCACGGCCGCUUCCAGACUCCCCAAGAGAGAAUGGCCUUCAUGGGCCCACUGAAGAAGGAUCUGAUAAAGAAAGCAUCUGAGGCCCAGACUCAGGAGACACUGUGA